AUGCUUCUAAAUAUUGCUUGGCUCCUCGCAUCCAUCCUGGCCGUUGCACAGGGUGCUGCCCAAGAACAGCCACCUAAAGACCGACCCUUGAAGCCAAGAAUCACGCCCACACCCGAGUACUCAAACCACAUCUCCGAACGAGCCACCCCGCCAAUCACCCCAGCUGCAAUCAAAAGCCGUCAAGCUAGCUCCCUCAUUGAACAAGGAAACUCCAUCUUCUCCUCACUCGGCAGCGUCGCCUCAACCUUUGCCGGGUCGGCAGCGAGCCUCGCCUCGUCCGUCGCUGCGAGUGCUCAAGACAACGCAAACGAGACCUGGUCCUCUGUGAGCGACGCUAUCGAAAGCGCUGCUAGCUUGCUGUCUACGGCGACUGGCGAGGCGGCCUCGUCAGCGUCGUUGGCGUUGGCGGAGGCCGAGUCGUUUGCUUCUUCUGUUGUUUCCUCUAUUACGGCUUCGGCUACGACCAUCUUAGGCGCCAAGGUCACUGGAAUCAAUGCAAGUCCGACACCGACUGGGAAUUUCGCUGUGAGGGUUGGGGCGAACCCGGCGAUGAUGCUGGGUGGAGGAGGGAUUAUUGUGCUGUUUGGACUUUUGGGCGUGGUAGUAUUCUGA